UCUCAUCUCUCCUCCCUCCUCAUCAACACCUUCUUUCUUCACCAGUGGGUCCAUCACACAAGCGAGGACUCCAACAUGGACCCCGCAUUCGUUCAAAAUCUCCACCAGCUCCUUGAGGGCACCAUCGCGCCUGACACGAACGUGAUCAAGCAGGCGACGACCCAGCUCAACACCCAGUACUACAAGAACCCCGAGUGCAUCCCCGCCCUCUAUGAGAUUGCUGCCAGCAGCCAGAACCAGGCGAUCCGUCAGCUCGCCGCCGUCGAGCUCCGCAAGCGCGUGAACACCGGCAACGGCAAGCUUUGGACCAAGACGCCCGAGCCUGUCCGCAGCCAGAUCAAGGCGAGCAUCCUUUCCCGCCUCACCCAGGAGCCCGCCCGUAUCGUCCGCCACGCCCUCGCCCAGACCGUCGCCUCCAUCGCCGAGAAUGAGCUCGCAGUCCAGCCUCCCCAGUGGCCCGACCUUGUCCCCGGGUUGUAUCAGGCCGUCCAGUCCAGCGAGCAGCUCCACCGUGAGACCGCCAUUUUCGUCCUCUUCGCCCUCCUUGACACUGUGCUCGAGUCCAUGCCCGAGCAGCUCCCUGCCCUCUUUGACAUCUUCUCCAAACUCCUCCACGACCCUCAGUCCGGUGAUGUUCGUAUGACCACCGUCCGCGCCCUGGCCAAGGUGGCCGAGAACAUUACGCCUGACGAGAAGCACGACAUCAAGGCGUUCCAGGAGUUGAUCGUGCCAAUGCUCAAGGUCAUUGAGCAGGCCAUCAAGGACGACGACGAGGAGGCCGUCCGCCACGGCUUUGAUGUCUUCGAGACUCUCCUCAUCCUUGACGCCCCUCUUGUUUCCAAGCACGUCGGCGAGCUCGUCCAGUUCUUCCUUGGUGCUGCUUCCAACGCCGAGGUUGACGAGACCAUGCGCUGCGGUGCUCUCAACGUUCUUGCCUGGACUAUCCGCUACAAGAAGUCGAAGGUUCAGGCUCUUGGCCUUGCCAAGCCCAUCGUCGAGGGUCUUCUUCCCAUCGGUAUGGAGGAGGACCCCGAGGACGUUGACGAGGACUCCCCGUCGCGCCUUGCCUUCCGCUGCCUUGACACCCUUUCCCAGUCCCUCCCUCCCCAGCAGGUUUUCCCCGCACUCUCCCAGCAGCUUCAGGUCUACAUGGCUGGCAACGCGCAGAUGCGCAAGUCGGCUCUUAUGGCCUUUGGUGUGUCCGUCGAGGGGUGCUCCGAGUACAUUCGUCCCCACGUCGAGCAGCUCUGGCCCGUCAUCGAGGGCGGUCUCCGCGACAGCGAGCUCGUUGUUCGCAAGGCUGCCUGCAUCGCUCUUGGCUGCCUCUGCGAGUGGCUCUCUGAGGAGUGCGCCACCCGCCACGGAACCAUUGUCCCCAUCCUUUUUGACCUCAUCGUCGACCCCUCCACCCAGAAGAACGCCUGCACCUGCCUCGACUCGUACCUUGAAAUUCUUGGUGACGACAUUGUCAACUACCUCCCCCUUCUUAUGGAGCGUCUGUUGAUUCUUCUCGAGAACGGCCCCAUCCCGGUCAAGAUCACCGUUACCGGUGCCAUAGGCUCGGCUGCCCACGCUGCCAAGGACAAGUUCCGCCCCUACUUCGACCAGACCAUCCAGCGUCUUGUCCCCUUCAUUGGCCUCACGGGCUCUGACGAGGAGAGCGACCUCCGUGGCGUUGCCACCGACACCAUUGGCACCAUCGCCGAGGCCGUUGGCGCCGACAUCUUCCGCCCCUACUUCGAGAACAUGAUGAAGGCUUCGUUCGAGGCUCUCACCGUGGACAACACCCGUCUUCGCGAGUCUUCGUUCAUCUUCUUCGGUGUCAUGGCUCAGGUGUUCGAGGGCGAGUUUGCCGUCUACCUUCCCCAGUGCAUUCCCGCUCUCGUUGCUUCUUGCCAACAGAGCGAGUCUGCCGACGAGUUCUUGGAUGAGGCCGAGGGUGGGGAGAACACCUCCAGACUCGCCGCGGAGGCCUUCUCCACGGGCAUCAGCGGCUCGGGCAAGGGCAUCCCCACCAUCGCUGGCGAUGACGAGGACGACGCCGAGAUCGACCUAGACGCGCUCGACCAGAUGUUCUCGCGUGUCAACUCGGCCAUUGCCAUCGAGAAGGAGGUUGCCGCUGACACCAUUGGUGAGCUGUUCAACGCCACCAAGUCGGCCUUCCUGCCAUACAUCGAGGAGACCAUGAAGGUCCUCAUCGACCUCCUUGAGCACUACUACGAGGGCAUCCGCAAGGCUGCCAUGGGAGCGCUUUUCCAGUUCAUCAAGACUGUCUACGAGCUCUCCAACCCCCAGGAAUGGGUCGCAGGUGCCGAGAUCAAGGUGCCCCUGCACGCCGACGUCAAGAAGCUGGUUGACCACAUCCUUCCUCACAUCUUCGAGGCUUGGAGGGUUGAGGACGACAAGUCGGUCGUUAUCCUGCUUUGCUCUGAGCUUGCCGACACCAUGCAGAAGUGCGGCCCGGCGGUCGUCGAGGGCCGUCUCGAUGAGAUCGCCAAGCUCACCAUUGAGAUACUGGAGAAGAAGUCGUUCUGCCAGCAGGACCCCGAUGGAGACGAUGAGGGCGUUGGCGCCGACGGCGAGCUGUCCGAGUACGAGUCCAUGCUCAUCUCGAACGCCGCCGACGUCUUUGGCGCCAUGGCCGCGGUUCUCGGUCCUGACUUUGGCCAGGCCUUCAACACCGUCCUCCCUCUCAUUUCCCAGUACGCCCAGCCCAAGAGCAUCUCUUCUGAGCGCUCGAUGGCCAUCGGAUCGCUGGGUGAGAUCAUUGUCGGUCUUAAGGCCGGCGUCACCCCUUUCACCGUCCCCGUUCUCGAGGUCAUCUCGCGCGGUUUGCAGGACGAGGAGGCCGAUGUGCGCUCCAACUCGGCCUUCGCGGCUGGUGUCCUCAUCCAGAACUCGGAGCAGGACCUGUCGCAGCACUACCCUGCGCUGCUCAGCGUUCUCGGCCACUUCUUCCAGGUGCCCGACCACUCCCCGCCUGCCGUGUACAACGCUCGCGACAACGCUGCCGGCGCUCUUGGCCGCAUGAUCGUCAAGAACCCCUCGGCUGCGCCCCUCGACCAGAUUGUCCCCAUGAUGGUCUCGUGCAUGCCCCUGCAGUUCGACCCGAUCGAGAAUCGCGCCGUCUACAGCGCCGUCUUUGCCCUCUUCCGCAGCAACCCCGCCACCCUCGAGCCGCACCUCGACCACCUGCUCCGCGCCUUCGCCUUCAACCUGUCCGCAGCCCACGCCGACGACAUCACCGAGGAGACCCGUGCCGAGCUCCAGGCCCUUGUUGAGCACCUCAAGCAGAGCGUGCCGGACAAGGUCGCCGCUGCUGGCCUCUAAGCUCUCGGCCUGAGGCCCGACGCGGUGCGAAGUCGGGGUCUGUUGUUUCUUUUAGUAGGCUAGUAGGCUGCGCGUGGCGCCCACGGCCACGCGCCACGAGUUUAAUGUCGGCAGCCGGCAGCACUUCCUCCGGGCUGGCUCGCUUUGCGCAAUCUGUGUGAAUACCAAUCAUACCCUCCAUAGUUUUUCACCCAUGUAGACUGCAUGUUCCGG